UCUGCUACCUUUUCCACUGCAGCAGAAGCGGAAAAAAAGCCCUAAAAAAUUCCUUUAUUUAUUGGUUUUGUUCUUCAUCCCUUGAAACGACAGAUCGGAAAUGGAGGGCGUUUCGUCGGCGGCGCUUCUGCAGGAGACAUUACAAGGAGGAACAGACGACAUAGCGUUUCAAGCUUCGUUGAUUUGGGAUGCAAUCAGAGCUCCGGUGGUUGUUCCUCUGCUCCGCCUCUCUGUUUUUCUCUGUUUGGUAAUGUCGGUAAUGCUGUUCGUGGAGAGAGUUUAUAUGGGUGUUGUCAUUGCUUUUGUUAAGCUUCUUCGAAGAAAACCAGAAAAGAGGUAUAAAUGGGAACCCAUGAAAGACGAUAUCGAGCUUGGAAACUCUGUUUAUCCCAUGAUUUUAGUUCAAAUUCCAAUGUUCAACGAAAAAGAGGUUUAUCAGUUAUCAAUUGGGUCAGCUUGUGGGCUAUCGUGGCCAGCGGAUCGGAUCAUAGUACAAGUUCUCGACGAUUCGACGGACCCAAUAAUCAAGGAUUUAGUAGAAACGGAGUGCCACAAAUGGGCUAGUAAAGGCAUAGACAUUAAGUAUGAGAUUAGAGAUAACAGAAAUGGCUACAAAGCUGGUGCUCUCAAGGAAGGUCUGAAACGAAGCUAUGUUAGGCAAUGUGACUACGUUGUAAUUUUCGAUGCCGAUUUUCAACCCGAACCGGAUUUUCUCUGGCGAACCGUUCCUUUCCUUAUUCAUAACCCGGAAAUUGGCCUGGUUCAAGCUCGCUGGAAAUUUGUUAAUGCUGAUGAGUGCUUGAUGACAAGGAUGCAAGAAAUGUCAUUGGAUUAUCAUUUCACUGUGGAGCAAGAAGUGGGGUCCUCCACUUACGCUUUCUUUGGCUUCAAUGGGACGGCGGGUGUUUGGAGAAUUGAGGCGCUGAACGAGGCGGGAGGGUGGAAGGACCGCACCACCGUGGAGGACAUGGACUUGGCGGUCCGAGCCAGUCUAAAGGGCUGGAAAUUCUUGUACGUUGCAGAUGUUAGAGUGAAAAAUGAAUUGCCAAGCACACUGAAAGCCUACCGCUACCAGCAGCACCGGUGGUCCUGUGGGCCGGCUAAUCUCUUCAGAAAGAUGGUCAUGGAGAUUAUCAGAAAUAAGAAAGUUACCGCGUGGAAGAAGGUUCAUGUUAUUUACAGCUUCUUCUUUGUAAGAAAAUUGGUAGCCCAUAUCAACACCUUCGUUUUUUACUGCGUUGUGUUGCCUGCCACCGUAUUGGUGCCGGAAGUUGUGGUACCCAAGUGGGGUUCUGUUUAUAUUCCGUCCAUCGUCACCCUUCUCAACGCCGUCGGCACUCCAAGGUCGUUUCAUUUAGUAUCAUUUUGGAUUCUGUUCGAGAACGUAAUGGCAAUGCACAGAACAAAAGGGACAAUCAUCGGGUUGCUGGAGACAAGCAGAGUGAACGAAUGGAUAGUGACAGAGAAACUGGGCGACGCCGCCAAAGCCAAAGCUACUUCAGGAAGACAGCAUAAGAGGCCUCGCCUCAAAAUUGCGGACAGGCUUCAUUUAUUGGAGCUUGGAGUGGGCGCUUAUCUAUUCUUCUGUGGCACUUACGACGUUUUCUUUGGUAAAAAUCAGUUCUUCAUUUUCCUCUUCCUUCAAGCCAUAGCCUUCUGCAUUGUCGGAUUCGGGUACGUCGGAACCGUCGUUUCUUCUUCUUGAUCAGAAUCCGCCGCCACAGCCGCCGCCGUGGUGCAGCCAACUUCAUCUCUAUAUUCAUCAAAAGCUUCAUUGGGUUUACAUAUAUGGAUGGUGUUCUGUUGUUAUUAGUUUGUAGAGAGGGAGAGGGGAAAAGGGCAGCAAAAAGAUGGCGUUUUUUAUUUUUGACAUGGGAAAGCUUGAAAUUAGAGGAAGUUUGUGAAUAUAUUUGAUGAAGGGAAUACUCAACCAUUUACCACCA